UUUGGGCGUCCCCGUUGCAUAGAAACACAAACCGCCAAUCCGGAUUUGUACGUUUAUAAACGGAAAGAUAAUAAACGUGUUACAUUUAUACAGCGAUAGAGUUGACUACACAAGAUAUAAAUGCAUACAGAUAUAUACGUUAUAAAUAGUCGCAAGGUGGUUGUAAAAUGAAACUUAAUAUACGCCGUAAUUCGUUUAUUCGCCUCGAUCGGCCAGUUAGCAAAUCAGGGUGCACAAUUACGUAUAAAAUCCACUCGUUUUAUUUCGACAACAUGUUUCUCAGCUGCAGUAGUUCGACUCGUCGGUUUGAUUUCUCUUAAACCGACAACUAACCAAUCAAAUGCCCAGAGGCGAAAAAUAACGCACACACGUUGAUACGUCUCUGCUAACAAGCCGACAGACGCGGUGAGCCACUCUUCGUUAACUUGGGAAGCUAUUUCGCAAUGUCGAAAUCGUUUUAAUUUGAAGCGGAGACUAAUAAAAACAAUCUAGGAGGUGGACGAGGAGGUUAGGAAAUGGCUGCUGAAGAUGAUGAUAACAAAAUCCCCGAGUUGGACCAAAAGAAGUACGAUGCGGACGAACAAGUGAAGAUCAUCUGUCUGGGAGACAGUGCCGUCGGUAAAUCCAAGCUGAUGGAGAGGUUUCUCCUGGACGAAUAUCGCCCACAACAGUUGUCAACGUACGCUUUGACACUCUACAAACAUACAGCCACUCUGGCCAAUAGGACCGUAGCAGUGGAUUUCUGGGACACGGCUGGUCAGGAGAGAUUUCAGAGCAUGCACCCCUCAUACUACCACAAAGCACACGCUUGCAUCAUGGUUUUCGACAUCCAGAGGAAAAUCACCUACAAAAACUUGGCCAACUGGUACAAGGAGCUGAGAGAAUAUAGACCCGAGAUCCCCUGUUGUGUGGUGGCCAACAAGAUCGAUGCUGACAUGAAGGUGACGCAACGGAGUUUCAACUUUGCCAAGAAGAAAGGACUCCCUUUUUACUUUGUAUCUGCAGCCGAUGGCACGAACGUCGUUAAGAUGUUUCGAGAGAUGAUCAAGCGAGCCGUGGAAUACAAGCAAAACCCCAGUGACUUCGUGGAUGAAGUCAUGCAAGAACUGGAGAAGUUUGAGCUUGAGGAGAACGAAGCUCAUUCGGACGCUGAAGGCGGUGACGUCAAGAGGGAGGAGAGCCCAGAGUUGCCCUGACCAAAGUCCUCACGUAUCCAUCCUCCCCUGUGCUAAAGAUGAUACAUUUAAUGACCUCUGCUGCAUGACAUUUCAAAUUCGAAUUUGUGCUGUGUUGUUGGUGGUCUCCCGUUGAUCAGGGUCUUCGGUUGACGAUGGCGUUCCGAAUUCCCUCGCAAGUCGGAAAACGCGUCAUUGUCAGUCACAGGUGGACACUAUUGCAGCAAACACGGUGGUCACUGCGAUUGGAAUCUCAUGAGGCGUGACCAUUUAUUUUUACACCACUGCGCAAACUAGUUCGUGUGCCAUUCGAAGGCUCGAAACCUUCCAUGUGGGACCUUACUAAACCGAAGACCCUUUGGAAUUUGUACCCUGUUUACCUGUUGGAAAAAUUGAGACGGUGCGUUGUUUACUUGCUUCUUAUUUGAAGAAUAGGUUGAAUGUUUGUUUUGGAGCUUAGUCAUUAUCAUGUUACUAAAGAUGCAACAUUUCAGGAAUUUUCAAAGUUGGAAAUGUUCCCUGGGAAUUAAGGAAGAUUUAUGGGAAUAAGACAGAAAUUAAUCAAAUAAAAGGUUGACUCUUCCUAUGGAACGUAAAUAUACUGGUAGUUAUAGGGAAAAGCAUCCAUCCAUUUUCUGAGAGGUGCGUUGUACCCUGUACAUGUCACCAGCCAAUCUCAGGGCACUUCUACAUAUAUUUUAGCAUAAUCCUGAUAAAAGCAAACCCGAUUUCAUGGACGUAAAGUAUAGUGGUACAUUUAUUUGUGAGUGUGCCGACCGCAGAGUUUUUCAAGUUAGAAACUUGCACAUUGUUCAUUUUAUGCGUUAUAUUGCAAACCAAUAUUUGAGGUCUGAGCCACCUAAAGAAAUGUGCCCCCUCAGGUGAACAAUUAAGCUGCUGUUAUGCAACACACUUGAAUAUUUUCCAAAAUACACCAUUUGUCAGGGAUGUUUUCCACAGAAAGCUCCCAAUACGUUAUAUAAAUCUUAGGUAAUCAUCAUGGAUGGUCAUUGAGUGAACUCUAAGAGACAUAGGCUAUGAUUAUUAAGACAAAAAAAAAA